AUGACUGAAGAUCUCGAUACAUCGAAAAUCAAAAGCUGGCGUUCAAUCAUCACCUUAAUCAUCUUUGUUUUAACUAAUAUCAUCGUGCUUUUCCCAUUCGAUAUCCCAGUAUACCUACCGCGAUGGAUCGUCAACGGGUUCCUCGACUUAUCGAGUUCCAUGCGCCUUACACCUCGACGGUCCCGCGCUCCCGCCGAAUCUCACGACAAACAAAGUUUUUUUGUAAAGCUCAACUUCCCGUUGAACUUUGUCACUGCGCCUAUCAUCGCGGACCUUUUCCUUCUUGCUAUUCUCGCCAUCGGCCGACAAGAAGUACACGAUGGAACGAUCGGCGCGAACAAUAUUGCACCUUAUGAUAUCAUGAUCUUCUUCCUCACACUGGCAUACAUUGCCAUAUCGAAAGGGGGAGGCAAAGUCGGCCACCGACUCUUCUUUUAUCUUUAUGCCUUCUUCUUCGGCCUGGGUACUUUCAUAGGAAACGACCCGAUCAUCUUGUCCGGAACAGCAUUCCUUGCUUAUAUGACCCGUGUUUCAAGCAAUAUCGUCCACCCCAGAGCUUGGAUUCAUAGUCAGUUUGCGAUAGCCAACAUUGCUUCCGCAAUCUUGGUGUCUUCCAACCCAACGAACCUUGUUCUUGCCGGCGCAUUCCAAAUCAAGUUCAUCGUCUACACCGCGAACAUGAUCGUCCCGGUAGUUGUGACGGCCAUCGUUCUCUUCCCAUUCCUACUUUACAUCAUCUUUGCCGACGAAUCUCUGAUUCCUCUUUCUAUCAAAAUGCACGAACUCUCCGACGAAGCCAAAGCCAAAGCACCCGUCAACCCCAAUAUCCCCAAUGCCAGAGGAACGGCCGAAGAGGAAGAAGAAGCCGACAACGAGCAGGGAAAGUCCCUGUCGCUAGAGGAGAUCAUGAAUCCAUUCUUGGACAAAAAGGGUGCGACAUUCGGGGCAUUGAUCAUGGCUGCUACUCUCAUUGCAGUUCUUGCCCUUAAUGCAUCAAGUCAGAACGAUGAUGAGCAUCCCGUUUUCUGGGUCACACUUCCAGCUGCGGGUAUCAUGUUCUGCUGGGAUGUAGGAUUCGGUUGGUUCCAUCGGCAUGAGACGCGCGAGAUAGCCGCAAAGGGCCGAAAGGAAGUUGAAGAAGCGCGGGCAGAAAAGAAAGAGCGGAAACAGGAAGAGGAAUCAGCAAAGUCGAGUCCUGAAAUGAUAGGCCUCGAUCGAUCGGAGCAGUAUGAUGAUUCGGGUUUGCGACACCGUGGUGAGCACAUUGAUGACGAUUCGCUUAGAGCUGGGAGCAGUUUCGGGUCGAAGAACCCUCAGUGCGAUAGCGAGACACCUCUAUCCGUUUCGGUUCUUGUUGAAAAGGAAAAGUUCCCUGAAAUUCAAACGCCUGAUGAUCUGGCGAUGGAUGGCAAGCAAUUGGCACUCACGACAUCACCCAAGGCACUGGAUUCGAGACAAACCACCGAUGCGACCGAUUUGGAAAAGAAUGAAUUCUCAUUUGAAGAAAAUGGGCCUCCAACACUGCUGUCUUUAUCAUCUAACCUCUAUCGUUGGCUGCAGGAGACAUUCCCAACCGUCACGGUCGUUGUAUCUCACAUGCCAUUCCCACUGUUACCAUUCGCCUUUGCCAUGUUCGUCCUCGUACAAGCACUCGUCACCAAAGGCUGGGUCCCAGUCUUCGCCUACGGGUGGAACCACUGGGUGAACAAAACAGGGACAGUAGGAGCGAUCGGCGGAAUGGGAUUCCUAUCUGUGAUCUUAUGCAAUUUUGCCGGCACGAACAUCGGAACAACAAUUCUACUCUCGCGCGUCAUCCAGGCAUGGAAGCAAAUCGCCGACGAGACCGGCAUCCCGAUCAGCGAUCGCACCUGGUGGGCUACUAUUUACAGCAUGGCACUUGGUGUUAAUUUCGGCGCAUUCAGCACAGCUUUUAGUGCUUCCUUGGCUGGAUUGCUUUGGCGCGAUAUUCUGCAAAGAAAGCAUAUUCGCGUUGGAAGUCUGGAGUUCGCGCGUGUGAAUCUUCCCAUCAUUGCUAUUUCCAUGGUGAUUGGCUGUGUGGUUUUGAUUGGCGAGGUAUAUCUUAUGAGAAGUGAUAAGCCGUAUAAGCCAGUUUGA